GUCUUAAAGAAUAAAACCCGUUUUAUCCGUUACAAGUUUUUUUGAAAAUUUUACACCUACCGGUGAAUAUUUUUCCGGCGCAUGCGCAUCAAUGUUUUAGCAUUGUCAAACUUACAUCACACGUGCUGGCAAGGGCAAAGAGAAGUUGAGCCGCAAUUAAUACAGAAAGAUGUUGCUCUCUCCAAGAAUAACGUUUAGAUUUCUGGAUCAGGGUUGCAGAAUUCAGAAUGUACGAAAUCUGCACGCCAAAUCAAUGAAGAAACAGAUUCCCUUGCUGACCCUAAAUGGAAGUCAGUCAAUACAGAAGAGAAACAACAGUUCUGGAAAAGUUAAAGGUCAAGUGAUUGGAAUAGAUUUGGGAACAACAAAUUCAUGUGUAGCUGUAAUGGAAGGAAAAACUCCCAAAGUUCUGGAAAAUUCUGAGGGAUCAAGAACAACGCCUUCUGUCGUGGCGUUCACCAAGGAUGGAGAGCGCUUAGUGGGGAUGCCUGCCAAAAGACAGGCCGUCACCAAUGCAGAAAACACAUUCUCUGCAACAAAACGUUUGAUUGGUCGCCGUUUUGAGGAUGCUGAAGUCCAGAAAGACAUGAAGACUGCUUCCUUUAAGAUUGUAAAGGCCACCAAUGGUGAUGCAUGGGUAGAGGCUCAUGGAAAGAUGUAUUCCCCUAGUCAAAUUGGUGCAUUCGUCUUAAUGAAAAUGAAGGAGACAGCUGACAAUUACCUCGGACAGAAGGUCAAGAACGCAGUCAUCACAGUUCCAGCUUAUUUCAACGACUCUCAGAGACAGGCCACAAAGGAUGCUGGUCAAAUUUCUGGAUUAAACGUGCUGCGAGUCAUCAAUGAACCAACAGCUGCCGCUCUGGCAUAUGGCAUGGACAAGACGGACGACAAGCUCAUUGCUGUAUAUGAUUUGGGAGGUGGAACUUUCGACAUUUCUAUUCUGGAGAUGCAGAGGGGCGUGUUUGAGGUUAAAUCAACUAAUGGGGACACUUUCCUUGGUGGUGAGGAUUUCGACAAUGCCUUGGUCACAUUUUUGGCCAACGAAUUCAAACGCGAUCAAGGACUUGAUGUAACCAAAGACAACAUGGCUAUGCAGAGAUUGAGAGAAGCAGCAGAAAAAGCCAAGAUAGAGCUCUCAUCAAGCAUGCAGACUGACAUCAACCUCCCCUACCUGACAAUGGAUGCCACAGGACCCAAACACAUGAACAUGAAACUGACCCGAGCCAAGUUUGAGGGGAUUGUUGAGAGCUUGGUGAAGCGGACGGUCGGACCGUGUCAGAAGGCUAUGAGUGACGCCGAGGUCAAGAAGUCCGACAUUGGCGAUGUCAUCCUCGUAGGAGGAAUGACUCGUAUGCCCAGGGUGCAAGCAUUGGUACAGGAAGUAUUUGGUAGAGCACCAGGAAAGUCGGUCAAUCCAGAUGAAGCUGUUGCCAUGGGAGCAGCCAUUCAGGGAGGAGUUUUGGCAGGAGACGUAACUGAUGUCCUUCUGUUGGACGUCACUCCGCUGUCAUUGGGUAUUGAGACUCUUGGAGGCGUGUUCACAAAACUGAUUGACAGAAAUACCACCAUCCCCACUAAGAAAUCUCAGGUUUUCUCGACGGCUGCUGAUGGACAAACCAGUGUUGAGAUCAAAGUUUGUCAAGGGGAGAGAGAGAUGGCCGCCGACAACAAACUCCUCGGCCAGUUUAUGUUGGUUGGAAUUCCCCCUGCCCCUCGUGGAGUCCCUCAAGUUGAAGUGACUUUUGACAUUGACGCUAACGGCAUUGUAAAUGUAUCUGCUAGAGACAAGGGAACUGGAAAAGAACAGCAAAUCGUGAUCCAGAGUUCUGGAGGUCUUAGUAAGGAGGAGAUUGAGAACAUGGUGAAGAACGCAGAGAAGUACGCUGCUGAGGACCAUGUCAGAAAGGAAAGAGUAGAGGCAGUUAACCAAGCCGAUGCUAUUAUUCACGACACAGAAUCCAAACUAGAAGAAUUCAAGAGCCAACUCCCAGAGGAGGAUGCCAAUAAACUGCGGGAACAAAUUGCCGGAGUGAAGGAGCUGAUCGCCAAGAAGGACCAAGUAGAAGUAGAGGAGCUGAAACAGGCCACCUCUAACAUGCAGCAGGCCUCCCUCAAAGUGUUCGAGCUGGCUUACAAAAAGAUGUCCGCCGACAGGGAAAGUCAGAGCGGAUCCUCAUCAAGUGAAGACAGUGGCUCAUCAGAAUCUAAAGACGAACAGGAAAAGAAGGAGGAGAAGAACUGAGAAAACUAGAACAAACUGUGUGAGUGUGAUAGUAUGAGAGAAGACAUUGAGGAGGGUCAGGGUCAAACAGCUCUGUGACAAACCCACCGCCAGGGUCAAGGUCAAACGCUCAGUGAAAACAUUGAGGUCAUCCAUUUCUCCACUUGACUGCGGAGUUUUCAUCUUCAUCUGUGUGGACACUAGUGGUGGGCUGUCGACUCUGAUCGUGAUUUGUGAUGUCUAUUACUGUAUAUAGGGAACCAGCACAGAGCUCCAUCAACCAUUCUGUGCAGGCAUUCGCAUUCAGAACUGAAAUGAUUAUUCAUCCUAGAAAUAUCAUGCAUUUUACAUUUUUAGUUUGAUAAUCAGCCAUGCUUGGAAAUAAUUGACAGUGAAAUCUUAAAAAUAGUGAUGUUUUUGUGUCAGACUUUUAUGUAUAUCUGUACAUAUAUUAUGUGAUAUUAAAUUAAGUAAAAAUGA